AUGAACCUUUCUAUAUACAUCUAUUUCGAACGCAUGAGAACAUAUGCCCCAUACACCGUAAGAGGUUACGAUGUAAACCUAAGAAAUUGUCGAUAUAUGAUUGUCCAUUUGGAUAAUCAAGAGGAACGUUUGUUAUUCUUAGGUGUCUUUAUGGGCUACGCCUCUGGAGGAAAUUUAAAUUCAUCUGGUCUCAUCGAAAGCCCGACUUCAAUUGUUUACGCACCCACUUAUGGAAUUUACCGCGAAGAAAAUAAUAGGGGACUUACCUUCGUCGGUUAUAUUACUCGCGAAAACUAUCGAUUACUUUAUAGGUACAGUUGUCCUGGAUGUGAUCUGUUAUUCCGCUACCCAAGCUUUUUGACCAAUCAUUUAAGACGUAUCGCUGUACAUUUCCAGAGUGCAAUAGAUACUCUCAAACUACAAGCAAUAGAAACCGUCACGAGAGAAUUUUCCACCGGUAAGUAUUCUAAAUUCCGUGAUAAUGCUUCCAACAAAGUGUUGAUAAAGGCUGACGCGAAAAUCAAUUCUAGACUAUAA